GCCUACAUUACAUAUCGUGCAUAUUGCUGCAGAUUCGUGCAGGUCUGCGAGUCUACGACAGAGCAGAUAUAAAAACUAACAGGGAUACAAACAACAAAGGAGUUCUGAAAAAAUGUACUCUGGCAGUGGACGAGGCCGUGUUUCAUGGUCAGUGUGGGUGCACGGACAGGAGCUGGAUGGCCAACACCGUUUCCAGCACACUCUUCCCUCCAAGUACAUACCGAGGCGGGCUGUCCUGUACGUACCUGGAAAUGAUGAAAGAAAACUGCGCAAGCUGGCCUCUUUAAAUGUGGACUGCGCGGUGCUCGACUGUGAAGACGGAGUGGCACUGAGCAAAAAGGCAGAAGCAAGAACCACAAUUCCGAAAAUGCUGCAGGCGCUGAAUCUGGGCCGCACAGAAAAAUGUGUUCGGGUCAACUCUGUGUCCAGCGGUCUUGCAGAACUGGACCUGGAGGCAGUGCUGCAGUCAGAGGUAUUGCCUCCAGCUCUGAUGCUACCCAAGGUUGAGAACACUGAAGAGGUCAAAUGGUUUGUAGAUAAAUGCACACACUUUUUGAAAGGAAGGACCCUGACAGAACCCUUGAGGUUAAUCACAUUUGUGGAAACUGCAGUGGGAUUGCUCAAUUUUAGGACUGUUUGUGAAGAAAUUCGACUGCUUGGACCGAAAACUGGCCUUCAUCAUGAUGGGGUUGUGUUUGGAUCUGAUGAUUUCUGUGCCAGCAUAGGUGCAUCAAGAACCAAAGAAGCUCAUGAGCUGCUGUAUGCUAGACAAAAAGUUGUUGUCACAGCCAAAGCCUUUGGCCUCCAAGCCAUAGACCUUGUUUACAUCGACUACCAGGAUGAGGAGGGUCUUCGCAGGCAGUCGAGGGAGGGCGCCCUCAUGGGUUUUACAGGUAAACAGGUUAUUCAUCCCAACCAAAUCAAGAUUGUGCAAGAAGAAUAUUUUCCAAGCUCAGAGAAGGUGAAAUGGGCUCAAGAUCUGAUCUCUGCUUUUGAUGAACAUCAGAAAUUAGGAAAGGGUGCAUUUAGUUUUCAUGGAAGUAUGAUCGACAUGCCUUCACUAAAGCAGGCACAAAACAUUGUUACCCUCGCCGCAGCAAUCCAAGACAAAUGAUCCGCAGAGGAUGUGCUCAUCCCAAAUAUACUGUAAAUGCCAACAUCUUUGCAUAGGUAAAAUUAAUAAAAGUUUUAAAAAGAGA